AUGAAGUCAACCUUCCUCGCCGCCCUCGCCCUCGCCGGGGCCACCUGCCAGUCGGCCUUCUUCGACACCAUCUCGGGCGACUGCCAAUACCACGACUGCCUCUACGGGCUGACGGCCCCGGACAGGUUCAAGACAUACAUCAAGCCCGGUGCGACCGACUACUGUCCCGGCACCAGCCCCACGGGAACCUCGACGAUGGCAACGGCGACUUCGACGGAGGUAGCAACGUCGGCGACACAGGCAGGGCCCGCGUCGACCGAAAGUACGGGCGCGGCGCCCGGGUGGGGGGCUUCGAGGGGCGGGGCUGUCCCAGCGGUUGCGGCGGCUUGGAUGGCGGUUGGGCUUUUGGGGUGA